AUGUCAGGUGUAUGGGUAUUUGACAAGAAAGGUGUGGUGAGGUUAAUAACCAACCCAACAAGAGAAUCCUUCGAGCACAAGACAGAACCAGGAACAGGAACAGCAACAGCACCAGGUGCAAGACCAAGAGUUCUUGUAUAUCUUCCAACAAACCAAGUCAUUCAUUCCUUCUCUCAACUUGAGCAACGACUCACUGAACUUGGUUGGACUCGUUACUCUCACUCUCAUCUUCCAGACCACAUCCAGUUUCAUCGUUCAGACACAUCUCCACACCUUCUAUCACUCCCAAGAAACUUCAAUAGUUUUAAGCACUUUCAUAUGUACGACAUUGUUAUUCAAAACCGUUCUUUUUUUCAAGUUCGUGACCCUACUUCUUAG